AUGGAGAACUUAGACUGUUGUUUGUUGUUGACAAACAAGAUUUUGGAAAAUAAAGCUGCAAAGGGCUCCAAUUCUGUGGCCUCUCCUUUAUCCUCACAUGUUAUGCUAAGCUUGAUUGCCGCAGGAUCAAAAGGCCAAACUCUUCAACAGCUCCUUCAUUUUUUGGGAUCUAACAGUGUUGCAGAUCUAAAUUUGUCAUCUUCAAAGUUUAUCAGUCUCGCAUCCCCAGCUAAAAUCCUCUUUGGAUGUCCACUUCUGUCCUUUGUCAAUGGUGCAUGGCUAGACCAGAGAUUCACUUUGAAGUCAUCUUUCCAAAAGAUUGUCAAAGGCUCAUACAAAGCUGAGCUCAAAAGCGUAGACUUUGUCACCAAGGCUGAAAAAGUAGUAGAAGAAGUGAAUUUGUGGGCAGAGACAUCAACUAGGGGACUAAUCAAACAACUCCUCCCAAAUGGAUCACUGAACAGAGAAACUGCACUUGUGGUUGCAAAUGCACUCUACUUCAAAGGAGUGUGGGAGCGAAAAUUCGAAACCUCAAUGACUCAACUUAGAGAAUUCCACCUUCUCAAUGGACAAACUGUUAAGUGCUUCAGAUUCCCUUACCAAACUGGUCAAGAUGCUAGAAAAAUUUCCAUGUAUAUUUUCCUUCCAAACCAGAAAGAUGGUCUCCUCAAUCUAAUCCAAACAGUUAAACUCAGUCCUGGUUUCUUGAAUCAACGAUUCGAGCUGAGGUUAGUUGACAUCCCUGAUUUUUAUAUCCCGAAAUUUAAAUUCUGUUUCGAGUUUGAAGCGUCGAAAACCAUGAAGGAAAUGGGGCUUAAACUACCUUUCAAGCCUGGGGAACUCACAGAAAUGGGAACUAAGGGUUCGGAGAGUGACAAACUGUAUGUUUUAGAUAUAUUCCAUAAGUCCUUUAUUGAAGUUAAUGAGGAAGGGACGGAAGCUGCAAGCACUACUGCUUUAUGCUUGAAAAGCUGUCGUAGUGUUAUAAGACUAAGCUUUGUGGCAGAGCAUCCUUUCCUGUUUAUGAUUAGAGAAGAGACUCAUGGCAUGGUUUUUUUUGUUGGAGCUGUGCUCAACCCUCUCCCUGAUGCUUAA